UGCUGGCCUCUCUCCCCGUGUGCCGCCGAGGGUGCUUCCCCCCCCUCCGGCUCCUCCUUUCCGUGGCUGCCGAACGCUUUCCCCCCCAAACGCCCGAGUUUGCCUCGGCGGUUUUCCUUGCCAAAGGCGCCCUUAACCUUCCCGGCGAGGGGGCAGGGGGCUGCCCGGCGGCGCUGGCUACCCUUUGGAGGGGUUCCUGGCCUCCUUCCCCCCCUCCUCUCGCUUCCCCACCACCGGCACAGGUUGUUGGGUCGGGACAAGCCAACGAAAGGGGAUUUAGUAACAAACAACGGCGGCCAUGUUGAGAGGAAUUUCUGCAGCUAAACUUCUCCCCUCUGAAGGCAGGCUGAUGACAGUGAAGCUGGGCGAAAGCAGCAGCAGCAGCAGCAACACCAGCACGACUACUACUGAGGAAGGCUUGAGGAAGCUGGGCAAGCGAGCAGGUGAAGAAGAGUCCCUGGAAGAAGGAGCAGGCGAAGGAGGAGAGGCAGCUCCCAGCACCAGCAGCACAAAGGAAGAAGAGGCGAUCACUCAAAGCAACAUUAACCGGGGGCCCUUCUUGGCAACCUCCACUUUGCCCCAAGCCCCAUCGUCGUCCUCCUCCUCAGUCCAGCCUGCCCACAGCAACGACCAGCAUCAUUUCCUCAGGUCCAGUGUCAGACCUCAGAGCAAGAGGUUAAGGAAGGAUUCUCAGGCAUCCUGCGCAGUUGGAGGUGGCAGCAGCAGCAGCAAUGCAACCGCUGCAGCAGCAGCAGCAAAAGGAAAAGGUGCAGAUAAUGGCGGGACUUCCUCUGGCAAUUCAUCAGGAAUCUCUUCCAGCACCCCAGCUGGUAGCUCAAAAUCUACUGCAAGAAACCUGGGCUCAUCAGCGGGAGAAAAGGAAGAAGGCAAGAAGGUUAGACGUCAGUGGGAAUCAUGGAGCACCGAGGAUAAGAAUACUUUCUUUGAAGGCCUCUAUGAGCACGGAAAAGAUUUUGAAGCAAUUCAGAACAACAUUGCCCUGAAGUAUAAGAAGAAAAGCAAGCCAGCAAACAUGGUGAAGAACAAGGAACAGGUUCGGCACUUCUACUACCGCACCUGGCACAAGAUUUCCAAAUACAUUGACUUUGAUAAUGUGUUUUCUCAAGGGCUGAAAAAAUCCUCCCUGGAGCUCUAUGGCUUAAUUUGUUAUGGGGAGCUAAGGAAGAAGAUUGGGGGCUGUAUGGAUGACAAAAAUGCAGCUAAACUCAAUGAGCUGAUUCAAGUUGGGGCUACAACUGUACGCUACAAAGGGAGGAAUCUUCGCAUCAAAGCCCCAAUGUGCAGGGCUCUGAAGAAACUCUGUGAUCCAGAUGGCAUUAGUGAUGAGGAGGAUCAGAAGCCAGUGCGUCUUCCACUGAAGGUCCCGGUGGAGCUGCAGCCACGGAAUAAUCAUGCAUGGGCCCGUGUGCAGAGCCUGGCCCAGAAUCCACGCCUCAGGAUGAUCGUAGAGUUGCAUCGUAAGGUAUCUAGCCUCAUUGAGUUCCUGAAACAGAAAUGGGCUCUCCAUGAGGUGCGCAUUCGUAAAACACUAGCAGAAAGGCAACUACAAGACUCCAGGGAUUCUGAAGCAAGUGGCAGCUAUUCGGAAGAGAAAGUGAUGCUCCAUCUCUUCCCAGGAGAGAACUGUACGCUUACACCCCUCCCUGGGGUUGCCAGGGUUGUACACUCCAAAGCUUUCUGUACAGUGCAUUGGCAGGAAUCUGGCCGAUGCAAGCAGAAUACAAAAGACUCCCUCUUGCUGCCGCCGGCCCAAAUUCUAGGCAUACAGAGCGGUCAGGGGACAGCCAGAGGGCAGGUGAAAUACCCUCGGGGAACAGAAGGCAAGGGUGGGACCAGGGCCGAGAGCACUACAGAAGCAAGUAGAAACACUCAGUCCACAUUUGAGGCAACUGCAAACGCUGAGGACUGCUCCUCAGAGGCUGGGCUUACCGAAGGAGCAUCCCUGUGUCUCAGUGUUGCACAUAGUCUUGAUAAGCCACUGUCCGGGCUUCAAGAUCUGAGUGGGAGUCUUGAAAAGCCGGUUCCCACAACCCAUUGUGCUGAGGGUAGGGAGGCACCAGCCGUUGCACCGGCGACUGGGUCAUCUUCUGGCAGUCCAAACUGUGACUGCGGCAGCAUCCCCCCUGAUUUGGAGGAGCUCUCUCUGCUUGACCCAUUUCCUCGGUACAUGAAAUCUUGCCAGGACCUUAUUGUCCCAGAGAAGUGUCUUUGCACAGAUAGACUGAAUGGGAAAGAUUUUGCCUUGGCAGGGCACUCCCCUCCCGGGAGGCUCUCGUCUGGGAGCACAGAGGCUGGCAGCCUCAGUCCCGCACAGCUGGCAAGAGGUGGGGUGGCAUUGCCCAGCUGCGGCCCAUCCAGAACUGAAACUCAGGCCCUCCAGUGCUGCGGACCACAAACGGAAAUGUGUGCUAAGGAGCUAUCGGAUGUAGUAAUGGAGGACUCUCAGGAGAAGCCCAGCACCUCACUGCCGCCGCCACUGCCGCCACCACCACCUCAGGGACAAUUGGUCGCAAAGUCUCUCAAGGAUGACCCAAGCCGCCUUGUGCAACAGGUCAGAGAGGAGGGAUGGAGCCUGCGGACCUCUGAGAGCCUUACCUUGGCUGAAGUCUACCUCAUGAUGGGCAAACCGAACAAGCUACAGCUAGAGUACGAUUGGCUGUCUGUCUUGGGGCCGGAAACCCAGGAUCCUGGGGAGCAGAUGCCUGAACCUAAAUCUGUUUCUCCGUCAGCCACCUGUCACAAACAGAAACUCCUCAACUGCCUCUUAAAACUCAUCUCCACUGAAGUUAACCCCAAACCAAUCCCUGAAAUGAACUCUGUUGCAACAUCUCCCAUAAAGCCCACUCAAGAGGAGCAUGCUCUAACCCCUCCUGGCAAGGUUAUCGCCGUCAGCACCCGGAGUCCAGGCUGUGCACGCAAUCAGCCUGCCCUUCACAAGAAAACCUUUCCCCCCAGUGUCACCUCCAGUUCCUCAGGUUUGAGAAAUCACUCUGGACCUCUCUUGGUGGCUGGUCCUUCAGGUUCCACGAGUGCAGAUGCAGAUGGUGGUCUCUUUGCUGUUCCCACAACUCUCCCACCCAACAGCAGGCACGGGAAGCUUUUCUUGCAAAGUAAAGAAGCAGAGCUAACCUUCCGGCAGCGCUUGGAUACAAUCAGUAUGCAAUCUGAUUUCUUCUUGCCAAAGCCGAGGAAACUGCAUAACAGACACCUGCGAAAACCACUGGUAGUACAGAGAACGCUGCUUCCCAGGCCAUCUGGAAAUUCCUCCCAGCACGUCUGUUCCUUCUCCAUCUUAUCAAACUCUUCUGCAACAGGAAGAGGAUCUUUUCGGCCGAUCCAGUCUUCACUUACGAAAGCAGCUGUUUCCCGUCCCAUUGUUCCCAAGGUCCUUCCAGCUCAAGCCACCAACCAUCUGUCCAGUGCUAUUGACUUAGCAGCCCAAAGUGCCGGUAUUAUUCCUGGCAGUCCUUUGCCUGUUCUGGAUACUGAAGGCCUGUCGGGCGUAUCCCCACUGUCACCGGAUGCAGUGACUGCGGUGGUUUCAGGGCAAGAUUCAACAGCACCACAUCACAACGGAGGCUCCAUUGUUGCGGGCUCAAGCAGCGAGUGUCAGGUUCCAUUUCUUGGCCUACCACCAUGCUCUGAGCAGGAGGCAAUCCCGGAUGGCUUCCAGGGAGCACCUGUCCUUUCUCUACCAGAACUGCCAAAAACCUCUCUGCAGAAUGGUCUCGCCACUCCUCCGCUUCCCUCAUCUGAUGCUUCUGGUACCCAUUUGUCUCCUCCCAAUGUCUCUGCUUUAUUGGAUAUCUCUCUUCCUGGACCCCCUGAGGAUGUUCUGUCUCAAGGAGAACCUGCUACUCAGAUCAGUGACUCUAUCAUUGAAAUAGCAAUCAGCUCUGGUCAAUAUGGCGAGAAUGUUCCUCUGUCCCCAGCAAAGCUGAAUGGCAGCGACGGCUCGAAAAGUCUUCCAUCCCCUUCCUGCAGCCCCCAGCAGAACUGGAUUGCCUCUCCUAGUCAUGAUCCACAGUGGUACCCCAACGAUUCCACAGACUCUUCCCUCAGCAGCUUAUUUUCAAGCUUCCUUUCCCCAGAAAAGGGACGGAAAAUGCUGCCAACCUCUACUAGUAGUAACACAAGCAGCACCUCCUUAUUGGGACCGAGUCUGCUGGAUGGAAACUCGCGGGACUCUUUUGUGUCCCGGUCCCUGGCAGAUGUAGCUGAGAUAGUAGAUUCCCAGCUGGCUUGCAUGAUGAAUGAGAACAGUAUAGAUUACAUAUCUCGUUUCAACGACCUUGCCCAGGAGCUCUCAAUACCUGAGCCAAACCGCCGAGAGAUCCACUUUGAUGGAGGAAGUGAUGGCCCUCCCAUUGGUGACCUCUCUCAGUGAGCACAUUCACCCAGCUGGCUGGUGGAAACCAUUGAACUAGCUAUGUAACCUGGAGAGAAGUGAUGUCAUAGCUAUGCAGUGGAUACUUUUGUUGUCCUGAUUAGAGCAUGCCUCAUAAGAAGAUCAGUGUUGUCUUCAACAGUCUACAGUUCCUGGAAUGUGCAAUAUGCUAGGAACAAUACAACUGGGAGCAGUAUUAUAGGAAAUGACAUGUGUAAGCUGAUUACAGUACUAGUGGAGUUUACAAGACAGCCCCGGAUUUAUGCUCUGGGCAAGAAAUCCCACAAGCUAUGUUUUUAUACAGUAAACCAAACCCUUGUUGUCAUAUCCGCAUUUAAGCUGGAGGGUGGGGGUGAUAAGAUGGUAUGCUAUUUUUUUAAUCUUUUUUUUAAAAAAAAAAUGAAUGAAUAUACUCCUCUCUCCUCUCAAUUGGCAUUGUUGACCAGUCAGUCAGAUUGAUAAUUCCUUGCACUUUCCUGUCAGGCAGCAGUUAAUACCACUUUGCUUUUACCAGAAUUCCUUUUGGACUCACUUACAUUCAUCAACAUUCCUGCAUGGCGUGAAAAGUGCUGUGUCUGUUCCUACUUUAGAAAGAAAAACUGGAGUAGGAUCUGAGAGCCCCUUAAGAAUGCUCCUUUCCUUAUUCUUGUAGAUGGGUGUGGUGUGCCUGUGCACAUGUGUGUGCACAUGAAAAUACGCACACCACCUUAAUCAGCAUCCCUCUGGCUGAUUCUGCUUGCUUGCUUUUAGUUUU